AUGUCAACAUCAACUUUCCCUAUCUACGAUGCUCUGCCGGACGACAGCGACCACUUGCGUCUUCUUACGGUUCAUGCUGAUGGCGUGUCUGAGCCUAUUCGAUGCACCAUGCGAACUGUCAGCUUUCGCAACAAGCCUUCUUAUGAAGCUCUGUCGUACACGUGGGGCGAUACUGCGACGACCGAGUCAAUCGAGGUUGACGGCUUUGACAUUCAAGUUACUGCGAACCUCGAGCAGGCGCUGCGUCACUUACGGGAUGUGGAAAUCGAUCUUACACUAUGGGUAGACGCUGUUUGCAUCAAUCAAUCGGAUUCAGCAGAGAAGUCGCAUCAAGUUGCAUUCAUGGGCGAGAUAUAUCGAGACUGCGCCCAAGUACGGAUCUGGUUGGGAUGCGAUAGCUCCAAGUGCGGCAUUACACAAUGCUCGUCCCAACCGAGCGACUCAGCAGACGGCAACUCUGGAACAGUGGAUCCAUUCGAACUUUUACGCAAUCUGGCAAAUGAUCAACACAUAUACGAGUGGCCUUGCUUCCGUACCGAGAAUGACUGUGGGCGCGAUACAACGGUCUACGAGGUCAACCAUAAGUGGAUCGAAAUUCGCGAAGCGUUCUUGGCUGUCAUGGAAAGCCCAUGGUGGUCGCGCAUGUGGACAGUUCAAGAAGCGGUCUUGCCCAGGAAAGGCAUAUUGACCUACGAUAUAUGGUCUACAUCGCUUCAGACGAUCACUGACUGUGGAUUCAAAGCCUACGAACACAUCGUACAUUGUUGUAGGGAUACUGUACUUCAGUUUCCUCCUGAAUUCUACGCCUCACUGGAGAAUUUCUUUUUUGUACUUCUAUCCCUUGCCAACGGGCGCAUAAGGUACGACAAUGGCGAUGUUCAGCGAUUAGAAUUGCAGCGACAACAUGUGCAAUACAGUUACCGAGAAUGUCAGGACCCUCGCGACAACGUGUAUGGACUCUUGGGGAUUGCUGGUGAUAUCACUUUCGAGCCUGACUAUACUUGGUCUAUACAUGAAGUCUUCUUGCGUGCUACAUGCCACAUGCUUUGUCAUGAAAACGGUACAUUGGGGAGCCUGACAGGACAUCAGUAUGGACCUGCACCGGGCAAGUGGGCAUCAUGGGCGCGUCAAUUUGAUGCACCCGUCGAUAUUACCUUUUCCAGUUAUGCUUUGAAAAGAUACUUCGCCUAUCAUCCGGUUCAUUCCAACAUUUUCGAUGCCUCCGAUGGUCAUAAAUCGAAACGCAUGUUGCUUAUGGCUCAUUCGACACGAGGAGAAUCGGAAGCGAAACACUUGGGACUUGGGAUUGUAGGCAGAAGAGUUGGAAGAGUUACUUUUGUCUCACAGGAGACCUUUCUCAGUCCUAUAAUAAGAGACGUGAGCAGGGUUCUCAGACAGUGGACUCUAGACGCGCUCAAUUGGGACGUCAUGGAUAGCUCAGCAGAUAACCAUGCCUACAACAACGCUCCUGAUGAUUCCAGCAAAUAUCCAGAGACCUCUGUCAGAUUCUGGAGAACGCUGCUAGGAGGGUUAGAUAUACCACACAACGUACACGUUCACCCAACGGAGUGGACCAGGUUUACUCCUGCAACGAUGGAAUGGCUGGAUGAAUUUGUUUCGUGGUUUAGAGUCUAUCAACCUAUGGAUCAGGCGCUUUUCCAGAUGAUCUGUGUCGCGGCAUACAGAAGACGCUAUUUCAAGGCGGGUGAUAGUAGUCAGGGUCUCUGCUACCCGAAUGCUCGUGUUGGUGACGAGGUGUGGGUAUUGCAUGGAGGAGAUCUACCGUUCAUUCUUCGACCAGUCUGUCUUGAUCAAGAAGAAAGAGGGAAGCUGAUACCCUUGGAUGAGCAAGCCUUCAUAGAAGACGGAGACUUUGUUUUCAAGGAAGAUUGCCAGCCUGCCAAAGCACCUGACGGAUACUACGAGCUUGUUGGAGACUGUUAUUUUGACGAGUUUAUGCAUGGCGAAGCAAUGCACGACGCCGCGUUCCAGGACCAGACUAUCGUGUUGGUGUGA